CUGGGGCAUGCGCAGAAGAAAAAAAUAUGAAAUAAAGAGAUCGAAGAAAUAGGAAAGGAGAUAGAAAGGAAGAACCUGCAGCUAGAGGCAAAUGAGAGCAUUACCCUCUGAACUGUCAGAGCUUAGAGGCUUUCACGGCAUGCCCAGAUGCUCCAUCUUGUAUUUCAUCCUCCUGAGUGCUCUGAUUGACAACUGCCAACCCUGUUUCUGUGAUCAUUACCCAUGGGGUCAGUGGUCCACCUGCUCAAAAAGCUGCAACUCUGGAACCCAAAGCAGACAGAGAAAAAUAGUGGUUGAUCAGUACUAUCUGGAUAACUUUUGUGACCAGCUUUGCAACAAGCCAGAGACCAGGGAAUGUAACUGGCAAAGCUGUCCUAUCAACUGCCUCCUGGGAGAUUAUGGACCGUGGUCAGACUGUGACCCUUGUGUUGAAAAACAGUUUAAGGUUAGAUCCAUCUUGCGCCCCAGUCAGUUUGGAGGACAACCAUGUACUGAGCCCCUGGUGACCUUUCGACCAUGCAUUCCAUCUAAGCUCUGCAAAAUUGAAGAGGUUGACUGCAAGAAUAAGUUCCGCUGUGACAGUGGCCGCUGCAUUGCCAGCAAGUUAGAAUGCAACGGAGAAAAUGACUGUGGGGACAAUUCAGAUGAAAGGAACUGCGGACGAACAAAAGCAGUGUGCCUGGGGAAGAAGCAGCAUAUUCCCAUCCCCAGCGUACAGCUGAUGGGCGCUGGGUAUCAUUUUCUAGCAGGAGAGCCCAGAGGAGAGAUCCUUGAUAACUCUUUCACUGGAGGAAUAUGUAAAACUGUCAAAAGCAGUAAAGCAAGUAAUCCAUACCGUGUUCCAGCCAAUUUGGAAAAUGUCAACUUUGAGGUAAAAACUGAAGAAGAUGAUUUGGAAACAGAUUUCUACAAGGACUUAAUUCGUCUUACACAGAAAGACAAUCAACAAGAUUCUUUUUCGAGGGAAGGGCACAGCAGUUUUCAUAUACCAAUUUUUUAUUCCUCAAAGAAAACUCAAAGCACCACCCAUAACUCUGCCUUCAAACAAGCCAUUGAAGCCUCCCACAGAAAGGAUUCUAGUUUUACUAGGAUCCAUAAAGUGAUAAAAGUCUUAAACUUCACAAUGAAGACUAAAGAUCUGCAGCUUUCUGAUGUCUUUUUGAAAGCACUUAACCACCUGCCUCUAGAAUACAACUUUGCUUUGUAUAGCCGGAUAUUCGAUGACUUUGGGACUCACUAUUUCACCUCUGGCUCCCUGGGUGGCAUGUAUGACCUCCUCUACCAGUUUAGCGUCGAGGAACUCAGGAACUCAGGUUUAACGGAGGAAGAAAUCCGAAACUGUAUCCGGAUUGAAACAAAGAAACGCCUCUUUGGUUUUAAGAAAACGAAAGUGGAACACCGGUGCACCACUAACAGGAUGUCUGAGAAAUACGAAGGUUCAGUUUUGCAGGGAGCAGAGAAAUCCAUAUCCCUGACUCGAGGCGGGAGCAGUAAGUACGCCGCUGCCUUGGUGUGGGAGAAGGGGAACUCGAGUCCUGCGGAGAAGGAAUUUUCCGAGUGGUUAGAAUCAGUGAAGGAAAAUCCCACUGUGAUUGACUUUGAGCUUGCUCCCAUCACGGACUUGGUGAGAAACAUCCCCUGUGCGGUGACAAGGCGGAGCAACCUCAGGAAAGCUUUUCGAGAAUACGCGGCCAAGUUUGACCCUUGCCGGUGUGCUCCAUGCCCUAAUAAUGGCCGCCCCACGCUCUCGGGGACCGAGUGUCUGUGUGUUUGCCAGAGUGGCACCUAUGGAGACAACUGUGAGAGACGCUCCCCGGACUAUAAAUCCAAUGCGGUGGAUGGGAGCUGGAACUGCUGGUCUUCCUGGAGCACGUGUGAUGCUACUUAUAGGAGAUCCAGAACCCGAGAAUGCAACAACCCUGCCCCCCAACAAGGAGGGAAACCCUGUGAGGGCGAGAAGCGGCAAGAGGAGCACUGCACGUUUUCAAUCAUGGAGAACGAUGGACAGCCAUGUGUCAGUGAUGAUGAAGACGUGAGAGAAAUAGACCUCCCUGAGACAGAAUCAGAUUCAGGGUGUCCUCGGCCAGUUCCUCCGGAAAAUGGAUUUAUCCGGAAUGAGAAGAAACUGUACUCAGUUGGGGAAGAAGUUGAAAUCUCAUGCUUUACUGGAUUCACAACUAUUGGAUACCAGUACUUCAGAUGUUUACCAGACAGGACCUGGAGGCUAGGAGAUGUGGAAUGCCAACAGACACAGUGCCUCAAGCCAGUUGUGCAGGAAGUUCUAACGAUCUCACCAUUUCAGAGAUUAUAUGGAAUUGGUGAAUCCAUUGAGCUAACCUGCCCCAAAGGCUUUGUUGUCACUGGGCCGUCAAGGUACACAUGCAGCGAGGACUCCUGGACACCGCCCAUUUCAAACUCACUCACCUGUGAAGAAGAUGUUUUGACAAAAUUAAAGGGCCGUUGUCAACCAGGACAAAAACAGUUGGGAUCUGAAUGCAUUUGCAUGUCUCCAGAAGAAGACUGUAGCCAUUAUUCAGAAGAUCUCUGUGUGUUUGAUACAGACACCAGCCAUUACUUUACUUCAUCUGCUUGUAAGUUUUUGGCAGAGAAAUGUUUAAAUAAUCAGCAACUCCAUUUUCUACAUAUUGGCUCCUGCCAAGAUGGUCCACAGCUAGAAUGGGGUCUUGAAAGGAGGAAACUUUCAUCCAAUAGCACAAAGAAAGAAUCCUGUGGCUAUGACACCUGCUAUGACUGGGAAAAAUGUUCAGCCUCUGUUUCCAAAUGUGUCUGCCUGUUGCCUCCCCAGUGCUCCAAGGGUGGAAGCCAACUCUACUGCGUCAAGAUGGGAUCGAGUAAGAAAACAGUGAACAUCUGUGAAGUAGGAGCUAUACGAUGUGCCAACAAGAAAGUGGAAAUACUGUAUCCUGGGAGGUGUUCAGCCUAAAACAAUUACUGAUAAACAGAUUUACUGUUUAUACAGUACAUAAACAAUAUACAUAUUAUUACAUAGUACAUAGUACAUAAACAAUAUACAUAUAUACAGUACAUAAACAAUAUACAUAUGUAUACAUAUACAAAAAUAAUUCCUACAAAAGGGCCAUCCUCCUAUAAACAGCAGACUGGUGUGCCCAGAGGUUAGACAUAAAUUCUUUUGUGUUACUUUCAUGUAAUUUUUCACUCUGCCUCUCCUGCCUUAGCUUUUCCUAUCCAGUUCCAACCCAUGAUAUUCUGUAGUGUACACCCAGGUAAUAACUCUUUCACAUCAAUCCGGUAAAUUCUUCUGUUCACAUUGCUCUAAAAUGAUGGGACUUCUGAGGACCUUAUGAAGCCUAUAGUAUUAAGCAUUCUCACAAAUAGAAUUAAGAACAAAAAUCAUAAUUGUCUUCAAUUAAUCAAUAAACAGAAACCUACAACAACUUGUAAAACACAUUCUUGAAAUCCAUCCUUUCUUCAUGCACUCAUUCAACAGAUAAUUCUGAAUGUCUACAAUGUGCCAAGUACUGUUUAAGAUGCUGGGGAAUUAGCAGUGAAUAAAAAGACAAAAUCCUUUGCCUUCAUGAAGCCCACAUCCACAGGGAGGAAGACAUUUAAAAAAUAAA